AUGACCCUUCGCCCAAGCGUGAACCUCUCCUCGCCCUCGCUCCUUUCCCUAGCCCGUCGCCUUCGCCCCGCCCGUCGCCUUCGCUUUCCACGCCUGUCGCCUUCGCUUUCCACGCCUGUCGCCUUCACUUCCCCUCCCCCGUCGCCUUCACUUCCCCUCCCCCGUCGCCUCACUUUCCCCCCCGUCGUCACCUUCACUUCCUCUCCGCCGUCGCCUUCACUUCUCCCCCACCCGUCGCGCUCAUUUUCCCCCUCCCGUCGCCUUCCCCCGCCCGUCGCACUCGCUUUCCCCGCCCGUCACACUCGCUUCCCCGCCCGUCGCACUCGCUUCCCCGCCCGUCGCACUCGUUUCCCCCGCCCGUCGCACUCGCUUCCCCCGCCCGUCGCACUCGCUUCCCCCGCCCGUCGCUCUCGCCUCCCCCGCCCGUCGCACUCGCUUCCCCCGCCCGUCGCUCUCGCUUCCCCCGCCCGCCGCACUCGCUUCCCCUCCCGUCGUCACCUUCUCUUCCCCGCCAGUCGCACUCGCUUCCCGCCUGUCGCCUUCACUACCCCUCCCAUUGCCGUUCACUCUCUCCUGCUCACGCUCUCUCCCCCGCUCACUCUCUUCCCCACCCUCACUCUCUUCUCUCCUGUACACUCCCUUUCCCCCUGUUCUCACCCCUCUCUUUCCCCCUUCACUCAACCCUUUCCCCCUGCUCACUCUCCUCCCCCUUGCUCACUCCCUUCCCCCCUGCUCAUUGCUCACUCUCUUCCCCCCCCCCCCCCUUACUCUCUUCUCCCGUGUGCACUCUCUUUCCCCCUGCUCACUCUCUCCCCCUCUGCUCUCUCUCUUUCCCCCUGCUCACUCUCUCCCCCUCUGCUCACUCUCUUUCUCCCUGCUCACUCUCUUCCCCCUCUGCUCACUCUCCCCCCCUCUGCUCUCUCUCUUUCCCCCUGCUCACUCUCCCCCCGUCUGCUCUCUCUCUUUCCCCCUGCUCACUCUCUCCCCCUCUGCUCUCUCUCUUUCCCCCUGCUCACUCUCUCCCCCUCUGCUCGCUCUCUUUCCGCCUGCUCACUCUCUCCCCCUCUGCUCUCUCUCUUUCCCCCUGCUCACUCUCUCCCCCUCUGCUCGCUCUCUUUCCGCCUGCUCACUCUCUCCCCCUCUGCUCUCUCUCUUUCCCCCUGGACUCACUUAUCUUUCCCCCCUGUUUACUCUAUAUUCCCCUUCGUUCAACCUUUUUUCCCCACAAUCCCUCCCCCUGCUCACUCUAUUUCCCCCUUUGCUCACCCCCUUCUCCUCCCUGCUCACUCUAUUUUCCCCUUUGCUCAUCCCCUUCUCCUCCCUGCUCACUCUAUUUCCCCCUUUGCUCACCCCCUUCUCCUCCCUGCUCACUCUAUUUCCCCCUUUUCUCACCCCCUUCUCCCUGCUCACUCUAUUUUCCCCUUUGCUCACCCCCUUCUCCUCCCUGCUCACUCUAUUUCCCCCUUUUCUCACCCCCUUCUCCCCCCUACUGACUCUCUUUCCCCUUUGCUCACCCUUCUGCCCUGUCCCCACUCCUUCCAUACAUGCCCUUUGUACCUCCCACCUCCACCCCUCGCUCAUUCGCCGUACCCCCUCUUCCCUCCCCAUUCUAUCACAGAACCAUGCUUGUACAGGUGCCCGGCACCAUGGGUCCCAACAGGAGUGGGAUGGAAAGUUACCACCCCCUAG